CAGAGACAGCAGGCACAUACCAAAGAAACUGUGGGAUCCUUAAAACCUUUUACCCGUUGAAGUUUCAUGUGGAAGUCCAUAUGCUGAGGCUGUGCAUCAUGUUCAUCUGCCUUUUGUAUGGGGUGAAAACAGAUCCCCGGGAGACAUGCCCUGCAUUCACAGCUCUCAGCUUCGGCGACGCUUUGAUAGGAACAGACCUGAAAGUGAAGCUGCUGCUCUAUACCAGGCAGAACCCAAACUGUGCUGAGGAGCUUGAUUCUGCAGCCUCCCAGUAUCUAGAUGUGACCAAGAAAACCACCUUCAUCAUCCACGGAUACCGACUCACAGGCUCUACUCCGGUCUGGAUCCCUGACUUGGUACGCCUCCUGCUUUCUGCAGAAGACAUGAACGUCAUCCUUGUUGACUGGAACCAGGGGGCAACAACCCUCAUCUACAGUAAUGCUGCCAGAAACUGCAAGAAAGUUGCUGAGAUUCUGAAGAAACUUAUCGAUGAAAUGUUGGUUGAUGGAGCAUCCCUUGACUCCUUGCACAUGAUCGGAGUGAGCCUGGGAGCGCACAUCUCUGGCUUUGUGGGACAGAUGUUUGAUGGUACCCUUGGAAGAAUCACAGGCCUUGACCCAGCAGGCCCCUUGUACAGAGGAAAGCCACCUAGCGAGAGGCUGGACCCUACAGAUGCACAGUUUGUUGAUGUCAUUCACUCGGACACUGAUGGACUAGGUUACACAGAAGCACUAGGCCACAUAGACUUCUACCCCAACGGCGGGACCGACCAGCCUGGCUGUCCACCAACAAUAUUUUCUGGAUUGCAGUAUUUCAAAUGUGACCACCAGAGGUCUGUUUUCCUGUUCAUGUCAUCCCUGAGAGAGAGCUGCAAUAUUACUGCGUACCCAUGUGACUCAUACAGAAAUUACAGGAACGGCAAAUGUACCAGCUGCGAAACUUUUUGGCCUAUGCCAUGCCCCGUCCUAGGUUAUUAUGCCCAUAAGUGGAAAAACUAUUUAACACAACAGAGCCAUCCAGUGACAAGUGUGUUUUUUGAUACAGCGGACAAAGAGCCGUUUUGUGUUUACCACUACUUUGUGGAUAUUAUUACCUGGAACAAAGACACCAGAAGAGGCACCUUCAGUGUUGUACUAGCUGAUAAAGCUGGGAAGAAGGCAGAAUCUAAAGUUAACCCAGAAGCUGCAGCGUUUCAGCGGUACAACCAAAUCACUUUGCUAAUGGGAUUCGAUGAGGACUUUGAAAACGUAGAAAGAAUUUCCUUGACAUUUUCCACAGGAUCUGUCAUUGGCCCCAGAUUCAAACUCAGGAUUCUCCAAAUGAGGUUCCGGUCACUCACAAAUCCAGAAAGACCGCAGCUGUGCAGAUACGACCUUGUCCUGAUGGAGAACACUGAAAAAACCUUCAAGCCCAUCCCCUGUCGGAGCAGGAGCUGAGACCCGGACACGCUGUUUCUGAGCGUUACGUCUGGACGCGGCAGGCGCCCCCACAGCCGCACGGGGACUCGCCUGGAAGCUCCUCAGCGCCUUCC